AUUCCAAAGAAAGCGGUGAAAGAAAAAUCAAUGUGAUCGGUUUGGGACAAGAUGAUGAUUCUGCACAAAGAGCGAGUCACUCGGAGGCUCAAGAUUCUGCAGAAAGAACAAGUCACUCGGAGGCUCAAGAUCCUUUCCUUGAAAAGCAUAAAGCUGAUUCUGUUGUGAAGAGGUCCAGGAGAUCAAUUCAGGAAUACUAUGAAAGGCACCAUGAAUAUUAUUAUAAGACACCAUACGAGAAGCGCAGGGAGAUAUGUGAGUCCUACUAUCCCUGCAACUACCUGGCCAACAGAAUUGGAUUUCAGAGCGCCUACAUACAAUAUUUUGGAUACUAUUAAUAAUAACCCAGUAGGACAGAAAACAUUAUUAACGUCAUAGUACUUUAUACUGCACAAAAUGUCAGACACAGUGGAUCAAGCUGCAUAAUUUGCAACGUUGUUCAAGAUCUUGGGAAGAGUUUCUGUAGUGUGUUUCAAUCUAGUUCUGCUGGUCAUAACUUAGCCCAUUGGAAUGUCGGUUCAAAAGGUCCUCAGGACACCUGAGAACAGAGACAAGAAGCUUCUCACCAGCUUAAAGAUUAAUCAAACCUUCUUGCCACACAUCUCAAUGAGAUUCCCCUCCUCCAAACAUAUCUCCCUUUCAACUGUCUUUUCUUGCCAAAGUAUUCCCCACUCACUUCCUCAGAAUUCCUUUCUUCCCCAAACUUAUUCAUCAUUAGCUCAUGUUCCCUGGAAUGUGCCAUCCUGUUUCUGUGAAUUAUCUCCAGAUCCUUGACAUGGCUGAUUUUGUUCCCCAAAUACAGUUGCUCCUUUCCAUCUUCAUUUUUCCUUCAAUGCUGCUAGUUUUACAAAUAAUUAAGGAGAACUGAAAUAUUAAAUCCAAGGCUCUGAGUCUACCUCACUUCAUUGUUUUUGCUCGCAUUGUCUUAAGAAGAGGGGAAUAAAAAUCUCGAGAAAACCUUUUCUUCAACAUUAUGUUCUCUGUAGUGGAUAUUCAAUAGGGUUUCACCCUAUGGGGUCUGAUUUCCAGUUUAACCUCGAGCUAUAAAUUGAAAGGGUUUGGGUUAGUCCCUAUUUAGUUGCUAGCAGGAAUAGCGUUCUAACACCAUCCCUGUGUUGGCAUUUCCUAUCAAAGCAAAUAGAGUAGUUUAUAUAAUAAAAGAAUGCUUUCUCUGUCAAUGGGAUUGACAUUAUUCACUAAGAAUGAAAGUAGCGUUCAUGACGUAGACUACCCGUGUUAGACCUGACCUGCUCAUGUUUGAUUUCAACAUGAAAUGGAAAGCUUUCUAUACUCAGCUAAGAUAACCUUCAUAUAAAAAUUAAUUACAUUAUUCCACUCCUUCCAGCAAUCCUCCUCCCGCACCCUUAAAUCAAAUGGCCAACGAGGUUAUAUCCAACCCACCAACCAGUAACUCAGCAAGGUCUUAGUAAGGAGGAGACUGAGUGAGAUAUUGAGGGAUCAUUCUGUAACAAUCAAAUUUAAUGGAUAAAAACAAAAAGACUUAAAGUGAGAGAAGUUCUUUAAGGAGGAGUAUGCUUGAGUCACUGUGAAUAUAUUCUGUGUGGUGUAAAAGUACACAUGCUGAACAGUGAGCUGUAAUCCAGUGAAUGCCUUCAUCGAGAGAAGUGUGUUCUCCAAUUGAGCAGGCACUCGACUAUUGCAUCAAACAUUUAUGUUUCUGUCAAAUCCCUUUGGCUGCGCAUUAAAGGAAAUAAACAGAUUAACCACUGUUAAAUUUUCAGCCAAGAAGAGUUUCACAUAAGCAAUUACUUUGUGCAAUAAUAUCUUACCAACGGUAUUUGUGCAAUAAUGUUACGCAGGCUGAUAUCCAACUAGUCCUCACACCUGUGCAUGCUUGAUGAUGUAGUCGACUGGGUUCCAUCAUACUGUCCCGCAUGGCUCUCAUAACUCAACACUAAUGUUUACUUUUGUCUAAGGCACAAUGUAUUAUAAUUUAAACAUCUAAAGACACUUAGCCCCUUCACUUCUCCAAACCGCAACAUUGACUGUACAGUUGUAUCAUAGCUGAUAUUUAGGCUUUUUGUAAAUUAAUAGUUGGCUGUUGCUGCAAAUUGUCUCCAUGUUGUGGAAUUGAACACUUACGUCGGACAAGAGGAGUCGGAACAUUGUUUUGAAACAUAUCCUGCCACUGGCUUUGAAUCACUUUCGUUCCAAUUUAAAAGUUCUGCAGAAAAGAAAUCAAAUGAAGUUUUGAAACUUUUUUCUCUCGAAAGCUAUGAUCCAGGGCAGCAAAAGAUGCUCAUCUUCAAUGUUCCACCUUCCAAAAAGAAACUAAACAUAUUCCAGUCAGGAGGGUUAUUGUUAUUGGUAUCAAUCCUGAUUUCCAUCACAUGUUAAAACAGUCCAGAGGAUAAAAUGUUUGGGAAAAGGUUCACAAAUUAAACUUCCUUCAUUUUGAAAAUGUUUCUACAAUGUUUGGAGGAGUAAGACAUUCUCAAUUAAGUGAUUAACUGUUUCGGAGCAGGGUUGGAGGUGGAGGAGUGGGUCGGACAAGGGUAGGCAAGUGUCUUUAGUUAAAUUCAUUUCACAUGAUGUUAAGAUUCAAUAUCAUUGCUUUGUUGCACCUGCUGAAGAUACUGUG